AUGGAGACUGGAAAUUAUACAGCAGUGACAGAAUUCAUUAUUUUGGGAUUAACUGACAAUCGUACACUAUGUGCCAUCCUCUUUGUGGUUUUUCUAGCAGUUUAUAUAGUGACCAUAGUAGGAAAUACCAGCAUAAUCCUCUUAAUCCGAUGCAGCCCGCAGCUUCACACCCCAAUGUACCUCUUCCUCAGUCAUCUGGCCUUUGUGGACAUUGGGUACUCCACAUCAGUCACACCGGUCAUGAUCAUCAGCUUCUUACAAGAAAAAACUGCUAUUCCUCUCACUGGCUGUAUAGCCCAGCUUGGCUCUGAUGUUGCUUUUGGGACUACAGAGUGCUUCCUUCUGGCCACCAUGGCCUAUGAUCGCUAUGUGGCCAUCUGCUCGCCUCUGCUCUACUCCACCCAAAUGUCCCCAACAGUCUGCUUCCUUCUACUGGGGGCGUCCUACCUGGGUGGAUGCAUGAAUGCAUCAUCAUUUACAGGCUGUUUCAUGAACCUGACCUUCUGUGGUCCAAAUAAAAUCAAUCAUUUUUUCUGUGACCUCUUCCCACUACUGAAGCUUUCUUGUGGCCAUCUUUAUAUUGCUGAAAUAUCUCCUUCCAUCUCUUCUGCAUCUGUCCUUAUGAGCACUUUGUUUACCAUAAUUGUAUCCUACAUAUACAUCCUCCAUUCAAUCAUGAAGAUGCGCUCUACUGAGGGAAGGAACAAGGCCUUCUCUACCUGCACUUCCCAUCUCACUGCAGUCACUUUGUUUUAUGGGACAGUUUUGUUUGUAUAUGUGAUGCCCAAGUCCAGCUAUUCAGCUGAUCAGGUCAAAGUGGCCUCUGUGAUCUACACAGUGGUGAUCCCCAUGUUGAACCCGCUCAUUUACAGUCUCAGGAACAAGGAGGUGAAAGAAGCCAUGAGAAAACUAAUGGCAAAAACACAUUCGUUCUUCUAA